CCGGCCUGUCAAGAGACGCUCUUAUAUGCAUCCGUUCAAGUCCAGCCGGCGGUUAGUGCGAGUACUGUAUAGUCAACGUGACCGAAGCGAGCUUACUGUGUGGAUUCAGUAAAAUGAACAUGUCUCGUAUUCUCGCAAGAUUCUCUUUUCUUGUUUUGAAAGAAACCACUGCUAAGCCUCUGCUGCCAUUACGCUGUUCGAGAGUGAGUCGUCCAAUCUGUACCACUUCUGGACUGAGGUCAUUGACGCGUUAUGAUGAGACGGGCGUAUCCACUGACUGGAAAAAGAAGCUGACUCCAGAGCAGUACGUGGUUACCAGGGAGAAAGGCACAGAGGAGCCCUUUAGUGGGAUCUACCUGAGCCAUAAUGAGGUUGGAAUGUACCACUGUGUGUGCUGUGACACCCCGCUCUUCAGCUCGGAAGCCAAGUAUGACUCUGGAACUGGAUGGCCAUCCUUUAACGAGGCACAUGGAACAUGGGAGAGAGACGAGAGCCAUGCCAACAUUCUGCGUCGCCCUGACAACUCACUGGGCAGUACUGGGACCGAGGUCAUCUGCAAACAUGUGAGCAAUAGGACCAGAAGUUCAAGACAGGGAAAUUAUUCCAUUCAUUUAUGAAUUGGAAUAUUAGAGAAAGUCUACUGUUAAAAAAACAAAAAGAAUUUGUGAUGCCCACCUUGGUCAUGUAUUUGAAGAUGGCCCAGAUCCCACAGGCCAGAGGUUCUGCAUUAACAGUACAGCCCUCAACUUCAAACCAAGAGCCAAGUAGGCCCCUUGUUUCUCUCCCAUUCCAGUAGAAGACUUUCUUGCAGCUUGCUGGGAUUGUGUAAAUAAGCAUGCUGUGUAUUGUCAUACAUGAGCUGAGUCAUACUCUAAGACAAGAUAUCGUGGGCAGGUUUUUCUGUGUGAUUGAUUUUCUUUGGUGUGUGAAAUGCAGCCUUCAACUUCAAGAAAUGACCAUAAAAGUAUAUACAUAUAGGUUUUUUUUUUGUCAAAAAUGUUUUCUUUUGCAUUACACGUGUAUUAUAGUUUAUAAUUUGUUUAUCUGAAUGUAUGUUAUGUUCAUCUGACAUGAAUGUGUCCACACACAAUAUCCCUGCCAUUUGUGUUUUGUUAGGAAUAUUGUGUCUAGAUACUGUUUGAGCUGAGUUUGUGACUAGCUCCUUGGCUAUGAAUAAUGUAAAAGUAUCAUUACACAUGUAGGUAAUGGGUUAUUUUAUUCUAUUAGAAUGUCAGUUUCUAAAUUUGUUGUAUUGGAAAGAUUGUGAACUUGAAAGCGAUAUACUUUAGCAUUUCAAUUCAUUUAACAGUUUCAUAAAUCCAAAAUAGAUAGUCUAAAUGUACAUUGGAGUCAUAGUACAUUCAUACACUUAAAUUCAUGAACUUCUCCUGGCCCUUGACUGAAUUCCAGAAUUGUGUGUUCUCAUGUUUCUUAGGUCAUAUUAUGCCACUUUUUUGGACAAACAGUAAUUCGGUAACACCUGUUUUAGAUGCUGAUGUAUGCACAAUAAUGAAAGUCUGUAAUUCUACUAGUUAAGGUAGAAUUUAGUGAAAGUUAAAUAACCGCAACAUACUAAUGGAAAGUUUACUGAGAAGAUAAAAAAGAAUAUGACAUGAGAUUAACAGUGCUACGUGAUGUAAGCUAAUAUUGGUUCAAUUAGAUAUUUGUUAAAAUCUGUUGCUUUUUAGGAAUACCUUUUGUUUAAGGUGUGUGUAUAUAUAUAUAUAUAUAUAUAUAUAUAUAUAUAUAUAUGUACUCACCAAGGAAUUUAUCAUUUAAUUUAUUAUGACCUUUAUGUAUGAAAGCUCUGAGUGUAUUUCAGUUUUACCUGGGGUAAUUGUAGAGAAGCAAAAUAACCAUUGCUGUUAUAGUUACAUUAGUCCCUGGGAAAAUGUUUUAUAUUUAUAUAUAUAUAAAAAAAAAAUUCCAAUGGUGUUCGUUCUGUAAUGAAUCACAUACACGCAUGCUUUCUCACACAUUAAAUUUUAACAAUUUCAGUGUGCCCAAAAUUAGGUGUUACAUGAUCUUUAAAAUAUAUUUUUGCUUAAAUAAAGCAUUUUGCACAGUUUUGUCUGGCAGCAUAUCCUGAUAUCUAGUCAUGAUUAAAAUAUUUUGACAGCAAACCCUGGUUUUUGUAAUUUAGUGUUAUUAAAUAAAAGGAGCAUUGCAUUACA